CCAGAACUACAACUCGCGCCUACCCUUUCUGUUGUAGGCCACAGAACUGGCAUUCCAUCCUUCCCCAACCGCGAUUCUUCUGGUAGAACGUGUCAUCCCCUAUCAUUCAAUCAGAUAGAUUUUCCAUCCACGGGUAUUCCAGACAAGUAACAAUACACAGCAUACCUCCCUAAUCCCACCCACUGGUUCGCUUUAACGUCAUACCCUAUCUCCGAGGCCGGCUCCGCGGAGGCAACGGGGUUUCUCGAAAUCGCCUAGCGCCGGUGAAUAAGACGGCCUUAGUCAAGUUUCCCCCCCCAAAGAAACCAUAAUUAAUCAAUCGCAACUAUCAAUCUUUCAUCACACCCUACUCUUCCUAACUAACUUAACCACUCAACCCCGAUAUCACCACUCACCUGUCCUUUUCAUCGUCAAUUUACUAUCUAAAUAAUACCUUACUUUUCUCUUAAUUCACCACACACAUCACAUACACAAUGUUCCGUCGUCUAGUAACAGUUGUUCCUCGCUCCGGCGUCCUUUCGCCUCGCAGCGUCACCCCGGCCGUCUCCGGAAUCCAGCAAGCCGUGAGGUCGACUGUUGUUGCUCCUCAGCAGCAGCAGCGCAGAGGAUACCAUGAGAAAGUGUUGGACCACUACUCCAACCCAAGAAACGUCGGCUCCAUGGCCAAGUCUAUGGAUGUUGGUACCGGUCUCGUCGGCGCCCCGGCCUGUGGCGAUGUCAUGAAGCUUCAGAUCCGUGUCGACAAGGACAGCAACAAGAUCAGCGACGUCAAGUUCAAGACUUUCGGUUGCGGUAGCGCUAUUGCCAGCUCGAGUUAUCUGACUGAAUUGGUUCGCGGAAUGACCCUCGACGAGGCCGCUAAGAUCCGUAACACCGAUAUUGCCAAGGAGUUGUGCUUGCCUCCUGUCAAGCUGCACUGCUCCAUGCUUGCCGAAGACGCCAUCAAGUCCGCCAUUUCGGAUUACUACACCAAGAACCCUCGCACCGUGAAGACCGAUCUGUCCGGCACGGGCGCCUCUAUUCCCGAGGUGCAGGUGGAGGUUGAGAAGACCAGCAGCGCUACUGCUUAAGUUUUCUCUUAGGUGUUUUACGAAAGAGUGAAAAAUCUGAAAAAUAUCAAAAAUACGGAGCAAAAAUGGAUACGGAUACGGAUACAGAUACCAUGAUUGAUUCCCUGGAGAGAAGAGCGAAGCAGAAUGAUACAAUGGAGAUGUGACUGUGUAUGGUUUGGGCCGAAUAUGUGAUUCCCACGAAAUAACCUGUUGUUUGUCAGUCAGUCAGUCAGUCUGGAUUGGAUGGACUUUUUUUCUUUUUCCCUUAUGUUUCGUUUAUUAAACGGUGUAUAGCAUUUCAUUAUUCUUUUCUUCCUUUUCAUGACUCGUUUUACUCAAUUGUGUUUCCGGCGAAGCAACUAAAGAAGGGAUCGAUUAUUCGGAUAUAUACAA